AUGCCACCUCGCCGCUCGACUCGUACAGUACGCGCGUCUGCGGAACUCACCUCAUCGAAAAAGGAGCCAGCUACAAAACGGAAACGUUUGGAAGCCCCAGAACCUGAGCAAGAGAAUGUCAAACCUGCCCCUCGAACGCGCAGAUCUACCGCUUCUGUCGCGUCUACCGCGUCUUCUUCCACAAAACGCGCUGUCGCAAAUUCAACUCGUCCCAGCAGAACUUCCACACGUAGAAAGAAGAUAAAGGAGGAGAGCGAUGAUGAGGACCAUAUGGAUAGAGUUCCUGACGACGACGAGAGACCAGCAAAGGGCAGGAAAAUCAGCCCUCCUUCCGAUAUCGAGGAGGAAAAUGCUGAAACACCUCGUGCUCAAGAACUCGAUACAGCACAAGCCGAUGAUCUUUUGAAAGCCGGCGUGGCCGUCAAAGAAGCACCCGAGGUCCAGGAGAUUAUUGAUACGUCAGAUGUCGAGGAGGCUCGUGAGGUACUCUCUGCAGUGAUAGUGGACGACGAGGAAGAAAACGAGGAGACGAAGGAGGACACACUGCAGCCACCCAGAUCACCCACUCCAAGACCUGCUGCGCCGGAAGAGCCACAAGGCCCAAAGACACGCCUUGUAAUUCACAAGAUGGCACUGAUAAAUUUCAAAAGUUAUGCGGGGAGGCAGGAGAUCGGUCCCUUCCACAAGUCGUUCUCUGCAAUUGUGGGUCCAAAUGGGUCGGGGAAGUCAAACACGAUCGACGCUUUGUUGUUCGUUUUUGGCUACAGGGCUUCUAAGAUGAGGCAAGGGAAGCUAUCGGAGCUAAUUCAUAAUUCGGCCCGCUACCCAGAUCUGGAGAGCUGCAGUGUUGAAAUCCACUUCCGCGACAUUAUUGAUAUGCCUGGCCCAGACGCGUUUGAACUUGUGCCUGAGUCCCAGCUUGUCGUUGCGCGUACUGCGUACAAGAACAAUGCCAGCAAGUACACAAUCAAUGGCCGACAAAGCAGUUACACCGAAGUGCAGACACUCUUGAAAGGUCGAGGCAUUGACCUGGACCAUAAUCGCUUUCUAAUUUUGCAGGGUGAAGUUGAGUCUAUUGCGCAAAUGAAGCCCAAGGCUCCCUCUGAGCACGAAGAUGGUCUCCUGGAAUAUCUCGAGGACAUCAUUGGUACAUCCAAAUAUAAAGAGCCUAUUGACGAGGCCCUUAUAGAAAUGGAGCGCCUGUCAGAGGACCGAUCGGAAAAGCUCAACCGACUUCGGAUUGUUGAGCGCGAGCGCAACGCCUUAGAGACCAAGAAGAAAGAAGCUGAGGACUACCUGCGUCUAAACAAUGAUCACGUACGCGCGUUAUCGCGUUUGUGGCAGUGGUAUUUAUGGCAAUGUCUCAUCAAUGCAGAAGCAUAUGAGAAGAAGAUUACUCGGCUUGAAAAGGACUUAGAAGAGGAGACGGAACGUAAUCGUGACGACAUCUUGAACGUUGAAGCCCUCGCGAAAGAAUAUGAGGAGAAAGGCAAAGCGUCUGAGAAAGUGAAGGCCGUGGCCGCUGAAGCCAUCAAGAGUCUUGCUGCCCAAGAGAAGCAACAAGUCGGCUUGGAGGAGAGACGCAAGCACGCGAAGAGCAAAGCUAAGAAACUCAAGAAGUCAUUACAGGAUGAUGAGCAUGCGCGAUCGGAAGCCUUACGCUCCAUUGAGGAUAAUUCUGCGAAAAUCGAGAGGGAAAGGGCCAAAGUGGAUGACCUUGAGGAAUCCCUCGCCAAAGAGGAGAAUGUUCUUGAGGAAAUCAGAGACAACAAGACACAGGUCUUCCAUGAUCAGAUUGAAGUGAAACAGAAGGAGCUUCAGCCUUGGACUGCCAAGAUAAAUGCGAAGAAAGCGGAGGUCGACCUUGCUACGAGCGAGCGGGAUGCCCUCGCCAAAAAAGCAGAGGCCGCAAAGGCUGCCAGUAAAGAAGCUCAGGAGCUCCUGGAGAAAUUGCAAACCGACCUUGAGUUAAAAACUACCGAGCUCGAAGACCUUAAGACUACCAAGGCGAGUAACGCAAGAGAGAUCAGGGAUCAGGAGACACGGAUGCAGGAAAUGCAAGCUCGUGUACAGCAGUUGCGGUUGAUAGCAUCCUCUGCUCGGCAGAAAGCCGAUGAAGCGAAAGCUUCUCAGGCCGCAAACACCUCUCAGAAUAAAGUCCUCGAUAGCUUGACUCGUCUCAAGAGUACAGGUCGAAUUAAUGGCUUCCAUGGUCGACUUGGUAGCCUUGGGACAAUACCUGACAAGUACGAUGUUGCUGUGUCCACCGCAUGUGGUGCGUUGAAUAAUUUGGUCGUGGAUACGGUUGAGCAAGGUCAGGCGUGUAUCGAAUAUCUCCGGAAGCAGAAUGUCGGGCGUGCUUCUUUCAUGGUUCUGGAGAAGCUACCCAACCGUGGUAUGGACAAGAUAUCAACGCCGGAGAAUGUGCCGAGGCUGUUCGACCUCAUCAAGCCUAAAGACCCACGCUUUGCCUCGGCAUUCUUCAAGGGCGUCGCGAAUACACUCGUCGCGAAUGACCUCGAUCAAGCCAAUCGUAUUGCGUUUGGAGGCCAACGGAGGUGGCGGGUGGUCACUCUCGCAGGCCAAUUGAUUGACUCUUCUGGAACGAUGUCCGGUGGUGGAACUCAUGUAGCCAGAGGCGGGAUGAGCUCUAAAUUAGCAGCUGAUGCGAUACCACCGGAAGUGCUGAGGAAGUACGAGGAGGACAAUGAGGCGGCUUCCAGACAGCUUGAAGAGGUCUCUCGCCACUUGCGCGAGGUCGAAGGGGAGUUAGACGCAGUCUCAAAAUCUGCACCGCAGCUCGAUAUUGCAAUAGAGAAAGUCAGCUUGGACAUCAAAACCUGUUCUAAACGGAUAGCUGAGGCGGAAAGGCGUGCGCGAGAUCUCAAGUCAAAAAUCAAGCCUGAUGCAGGCGACAUGGCUCGAGUGGCCACUUUGGAGGAAGAGAUAGCUUCUUCUACCGAGGAACUCGAAGAGCUUAAAGAGAAGACGGAUUCCAUCGAGAAGGAGAUCAAGGCCCUGGAGAAGAAGAUCCUUGAGAUUGGCGGCGCGCGUCUGUUGACACAGAAGUCGAAAGUUGACGGCAUACGGCUACAUAUCAACCUUGCGAACGACGAGAUCACCAAAGCAGAGGUCACAAAGGCUAAGGCAGAGAAGGACUCAGCGAAAUUGGAGAACACUGUCCAAUCUAACGGGGCUGUCUUGGAAGAGAUGGAAGUGGAGCUGGGAGAGUUGAACGAGCAAAUUGAGUUGAUCAAUGAGUCCGUGGAAGAACUUCGAUCUGAAGUGGAGAACGCGCAAGCUGCUGUCGACAAUUCUAAAGAUGAGUUAGAGAACCUCAAGGUUGAGCUCGACGCGAAAACCGAAGAGAUUCAAGCCUUCCGGCAGAAAGAGAUGGAACUGCAGCAAUCGAUCAAUGACUGCAGGAAGGAGGCAGCGGACAAUGAGCGGACCCUUGACCAUUGGAGGACCCAGCACGACAGUCUCAAGUUGGAAGAAAUUGACGAUGAUGAAGAUGAAGAUGAGAAGGCAGACCAUGAAAAGCAUCCUAUCAAAGAGGAGCGUGUCGAGGACUCAGCCCACAGGUCACGCGAAGACAUGCCGUCUUAUGAGUUGCACGUUUACACUGUCGAUGAGCUGUCCCUUUUCAAGAAGCGAGAUCUGGCUGCUGAGGUUGAUGAUCUGAACGAGAAAAUGAAGAACGCCAAGCCCGAUCUCAGUGUCCUGAAAGAUUACAGAAAACGAGAGGAAGAGUUUUUACGACGUGCCACAGACCUCGAAAACGUCACUGGGCUCCGCGACGCCAAGAAGCAGGAGUAUGACACGCUACGGAAACAACGCUUGGACGAGUUCAUGGCUGGCUUUAGCACUAUUUCGCUCAAACUGAAGGAGAUGUAUCAGAUGAUUACUUUGGGCGGCAAUGCUGAACUCGAGCUAGUAGAUAGUAUGGAUCCAUUCUCUGAAGGAAUUAUAUUCAGCGUCAUGCCCCCGAAGAAGAGUUGGAAGAAUAUCUCCAAUCUAUCUGGAGGUGAAAAGACUCUCAGUUCUCUUGCUUUAGUAUUUGCACUGCACGUGUACAAGCCGACACCGCUAUAUUUCAUGGACGAGAUUGACGCCGCGCUCGAUUUUCGGAACGUAUCUAUCGUAGCCAAUUACAUCAAGGAUCGCACAAAGAACGCGCAAUUCAUCAUCAUUUCACUUCGUAAUGACAUGUUUGAGAUGAGCCAUCGAUUGAUUGGUAUAUACAAGACGGCGAACGCGACUCGAAGUAUCUCCAUCGAUAACCAGCCCCUGCAUGCAAUACCCCUGAACGCCGCAGCAGCGUGA